AUGAGGGUCGAUAUCCGUGGGCUGAAGUGUGCCACUGCACUCCGUGCUGGAGUCAAAGCGGCAAUGUACGAGAGUAGCUGCUCCUAUGGUGGAGCUCUUGAACUUAAGAGAAGCGCGUUAAAAGAGGACCCCUGGCCCACUACAGAAUGGCCACCUUACCGCUUGCAUCAAUCCACAUUCGAACAGCUAAAACAGAGUGUCGAAAAAGCCAAAGCUGCUUUGCAAGACAGAUCAGGAUUACUAGGAACGGCGACUGCAUUCGGUGACUUUUAUGGAGGUCAAUUGGGGCAGGAUACGACUACUACAAGCUUAGGUUUCGGCAGAACAACGAGGACAGAUGACUCCAUGAUAACUUCGAUAGACAAGAAUAAAGGAUUGGGUUCAGAAAAGCUAUCUGGGGGAUUAUCUAAAGGGUACACGACCUCGUCAACUCUGUCUGAUACGCUGAGGGCAACAAAAUGUUCAGAUGCAUCAUACAAAAGCACGUGGUCUACACAUGCAACGUCACAGGGUACGCAAGGAUAUGGCAGCAAUUCGCUAUCGGCUAUGUCGAAAUCUACAUUAGACGCUCACACACAUCUGCGUCAACCAGAUCCCUACCAGAUGUUUGGACCAACAAGCAGUCGUCUAGCUAAUUCAGGGUCCGGACAAAUCCAACUAUGGCAGUUCCUUCUAGAGCUCCUAAGCGACUCCAGUAACGCCGGAUGCAUCACAUGGGAGGGGACGAACGGGGAGUUUAAGUUAACAGACCCAGACGAAGUGGCCAGGAGGUGGGGAGAACGUAAAUCCAAGCCGAACAUGAACUACGAUAAACUUAGCCGAGCUUUGAGAUACUACUACGACAAGAAUAUAAUGACGAAGGUACACGGUAAACGAUAUGCAUACAAGUUCGAUUUCCAAGGACUCGCUGCGGCCACGCAACCUGCGGCCAGCGAUCCCGCUUAUAAAUAUCAAAGCGAUUUAUUUAUGAGCUCGUAUCACCACUCGGCCAAGCUUUCCUCUUUCAUGGCUCCACACGCAGCCAUGCCAACAUCGACAGCGUCAAUAUUCCCGUCAGCGUCAUGGAGUAACUGGGGAGGUGGUGGAGGCAACCUCUACUCCCCCCACUCAAUGGCUCCUCCCCACGUGACGUCACACCUUGGCUCCUACCCGCACUACGCAUGA